AUGCGGCGAAGCAAAGCGGAAAGCAUUGAGCCGGUCCCAUGGUUUCUUGGAAGCGUUGGUUUUGGAAUCGUCGUUGAUGAUUUUAGUAGGGGUUUGAGGGUGGAGAUUGUGGGUGUUAAGUUUCGUAGAUUGAGAAUAAGGAUCAUGAUGAUGGUGUUGCUCAUGGUUGAGAGGGGCAGAGUGAAGAAUGUGAGCAGCAAGGGCAUGGUGAAGUGGACUAGUACAGUUCCUUCAAUCCCUUCGUACAUGACUUCAAAAUUAGGUCAUGAAACAUUCACUAUAUGGAUGAAAUCGCUUCUAUUUCAUACAUAUGGUUGCACUGUUUUCGAUUCCCAGGGGGAGAUCGUUUAUCGGGUAGAUAAUUAUGGCACCAAGGGUAGCCGCGAAGUUCAUCUCAUGGAUCUUCGUGGAAGGGUUCUCUUCACUAUUUGUCGGAAUAAGAAAUUACUAGUUUUUGGUGGUUGGAAUGGUUAUAGAUGGAGCAGCAGUACUUCUGGCAUAACCAAGGAGGAGAAGCCAUGGUUUCAAGUCAAAAUUAAAUAUUGCAGAUUAAUGCUUAUGGCCGGAGACCACGUUGCUUGUCGAAUUACUGCGGGAUAUGACAAGUAUUUGAUAGUUAGAUUGGCCGGAAAAUCAGCAUUUAGGAUAGUAGGAGUUGAUGGGGAGGUUGUUGCCGAGGCAAAGCCGAAGCAUUCAUGUUGUGGAGUAGAGCUGGGAGAAGAUGUAUUAACUUUGGAGGUGAUGUCUCCUCGUCUUGAUCAUUCCCUAAUCAUGGCUCUUGUGAUAGUGUACGGAUUAAUUCAACGUAGAUUGUAA